GGUAGGCUACACUUGGUGGAUAACGUUACAUUCCAGGCCAUAAAGCUAUCAGCUGUAGCCCUAGAGACUGGCGAUGCUGAUUUAAUGACUUGAGUGUUGUUUAUAUUUUCCAUUACCCAUUUGUGCUCUUGAAUAUAGCAACUCAUAGCAAUAUAGCAAACAACUUAAUAUGGUGAUACAGCGGUGCUAUUUUUUAUUUAACCUUGAUUUAACCUACAUAAUCUAGACAGAUUCUUAAAUGCAGCUGGAAUAUUGCCAGCCACUUUGUCAUAACACCAUCCAGCAUUUCCUCACAUUUUAUUUGGCUCACUAUAAAUAACGUGACUAGACUCCAAAAGGAAGUGCUGUCUGAUACAACAAUGCAUUGGGGCUUUGUGAAGUACUAAUGAAACCAUCAACUUUAAGAUUCAGUACUGAUCAAAGGGCACUGCACUACUAAAUAUAAACCUGGAGCCUGGAGCAUGACUGCAGUGUGUACAGUUUCAGGCCCAGACCUGUUGGUGGCAGUGCAGAUUUUCUGUGAAAUACUCUAAGCUGCCUCCAAUAGCGAUGCUUUACCCUUUGUUGGGCUAUUUAAUAUGCUGCCUAACGUGAGUCUGUGUAGAUUUAAAUCAGAGGGACCCCUGUACAUGGUAUCAUGGUCUGAUGACAAGCAGUGCAGCCACUCCUUAGAAGAUAAGAGAAUUCAAAGCUUUUAUCAUGCUUUGAUGGUUGCUGAAAUUGAGAUUUUUAGUUAAAAAAAAAGAAAAAGUUUUGCUAAAACAUGUGUAGACCCUCCUGCCUUUCUGGAAGGAAACAGACGUUUGAAACAAGUGAAAAAAUAUUACUUAAAUACUAUAGAUGUAUUCUACUUUUUUGAGGAAAAGGUGAAGAAAUGUAAUACAAACAACCUGCGAGUUCUGUAAAAGAGUAACUUUUGGUGAUGUUUGACAGCAACGAAACAAUGUUUGCUUUGAUGUUUGAUCACAAUGUGACGUCCAUCAGGUUUUUAAGUGUACAGGGCGAGGCUCACUUUAUGCUUCUCUCUCUGACUGUACACACAGGUGCAUUUCCACCUUUAGUGAACUGUAGGUCCCACCUUUAUUAUCAACAAUAUACACUCAGCUGCCACAUUAUUUGUUACACCUAGCUUAUACCUACACUCAUUAACCUUUUUUUGAUCAGGAACACUUACCAUACUGAACCUUACUCACUGUAACCCAUCUGUUGCUAUGCACAGUUUAUCAGGCUACUACAUGGCCACUGCUGACCAGAUAUUAUUUAAAUUCUUGAUGCAGCAGUGACACUGACAUGGUACUGGUUGUUGUGCUGGUGACUGUAUCAGACACCUCAAUGCCAUAGCAGAGUUGAGAUACAGUUCUAAUAAAAGGUCCAGCCAACAGUGCCCUGUGGUCAGAAACUGACAGUUAUAAAGGGCUGGAAGACAGUUAGAUUACCAGAUUAUGUGUAGAAAAAGAUGUGCAAAGUGUUUCUAUCUGCACAAAUUACAUGGUGGACCAGCAAGGUAGGUGUGUCUAAUAAAGUUGCAAGUAAAAACCUUAACACUACUCUGAUACAUUUGUAUGAGCACAGUCUGCCACUGUCAUGUUGUUAUCCUCCACCCAAAAAAUAUUUGAUUAAUGGUGGUCACAUGCUGUUCCCUUUGCAUUUAUGGGGGUCUGAUAAAUUGCACCUAACAACAGAUAAACGAGGAUGGCACGGUGGUGCAGCAGUUCCCCAGUUUGAUCCUGAGCUCGCUUACUGUCAGUGUGAAGUUUCUGUGGAUGUUCUCUGGGUUCCCUGGUCUCCUCCACCUCUCAAUAACAUGCCAGUAGGUGGAUUGGCUAUGGUAAAUUGCCCUUAGGUGUGAAUGUGUGUGAAUAUGUGUGAAUAUGUGAUGGUUUUGUGUCCCAUCUAGGGUGUAAUCACACCUCGUACCCAGUGUCCGCGGGAUAGACUGGAUCCACCACGGUCCUGACCAGGAUAAAGCACUCCAGGUGCAUUAAUUAAUGAAUGAACUGAUGGAUUAGAGUCAGUAAAUGUAAGUGGCGUGCACCUAGAAGUACAUGAUAAAAUAGCAGCUAUGUGUAUUUGCUCACGAGGUAUCUGAUCAUAUUUGAUCAAUAGUAAGAAAAUGGAUCUUUAUAAAAUAAUAAUAAUCAGUUCCAUAUUAGGUGUAGUAUAGUAGUAUAUCUUCUUCUAGGCUGGUCUCCAGUUGGAUCUGCCUAUCAGCUUGCCCUUUGCUCUGUUGUGGGUCGUUUGACAAGGGAAAGGGAAGUAGUCCAGCUGUUUAAUCUCACCUGUAAUGAAAACAGAGUGAGCUCAUGGAGAGGGAGGGACGUGUGUCUGCCUGUGAACCUCGCCUCUUUUCACUGAGUGGAUUAGUGAGCCUCUCUCUGUCUGAUCUGCGUUCCUACACCUCAGUCCAUUUGUUCCUGAUGUAUCAUCAGAGGAAGGCUUUACGCCUGACUUCGCUUUUCUUUUGCUUUCUUUUCUUUUAAUAAAAAAACAGUUUUUUUUAGUGUCGCUCCAUAAGGAGUGAAUGGAGCGCAUGGAUCCCUAACGCGCUUCGCUUGCAGGAGCAGCAGGACGUCCUGAACUGUGGUUGUAUCUACUGUAUCGUGAAGGACACCCAGCUGUGCUGCUUGUGGGUGCUGGGAUUAGUUGCUCCCACCUCGUCAGGCUGUGUUGUUCGGGGGAUUAGUGAGCGAGCAGAGAGAUGGGAGAGAGGAGCUCACACCGCGGACUCUGACAGGACACCAUGGCCACCUGCGCUCUCUCGCCUCUUCUACUCGCUUCCUCUUUGCUUUACGCUUUAGGACAAGUUGCACAGAAGGAUGGCCACUUGGAUACUCUGCAGAGUUCAGGCCCUCUGUCCUGCUUUGAGGGUUUCAAAGUACUGGGUUAUUACAAUGGCUCCAUGUCGCAGACAGACUCAGGCUUUCCCUGUCUGAAAUGGACUGAGUUCCCUGACUAUAUGCUGCAGUACCCAGACAGAGGGCUUGGAGAUCACAGCUACUGCAGGAACCCUGACCGUGAGUCCCAGCCCUGGUGCUUCUUCAGACAGCACUCUGGAGCCAUCAGCUGGGCUUACUGCAACUGCCACCAGGGUGCAGCCAGGCUGAUGGGAGGAGGGUCUAACAAGAGCGGCCGUCUGGAAGUUUACCUGAAUGGCCGGUGGGGGACAGUGUGUGACACACACCUGACUGACCGAGAUGCAAGUGUCAUCUGUCGACAGCUUGGCCUCAGUGAAAUUGGUACUGCACUCAAGCACUCCUACUUUGGUCCUGGCUCUGGGCUUUUCCACUAUGAACGACUUGGCUGUCGUGGCAACGAGAACUCUCUCUUAGAGUGCCGGGGCAGGAAGUUUGUCUCUGGUGACUGUAAUCAUGGAAAUGAAGCUGGAGUGGUGUGCGCUGCACCUGAAGGAAAUGGCACUCCCUUGAGGCUGGUGGGAGGCCAGGAAGACUUCGAGGGACGAGUAGAAGUGUAUCAUAAUGGCCAGUGGGGCACAAUCUGUGAUGACCAGUGGGACGACAUCGAUGCUGAGGUGGUCUGUCGACAGCUAGGACUUGGUGGUGUGCCAAAGGCGUGGUCGUGGUCUCAUUUUGGCCCGGGGGCUGGGCCCAUCCUGCUGGAUGGGGUACGGUGCACAGGAAAUGAGCUCUCUCUGGAGGAGUGUCCUCACACACCCUGGGGCCAGCACAACUGUGACCACAUGGAGGAUGCUGGAGUGUCCUGUAACCCAUAUACAGAUGGUGCAGUGCGUCUGGUGGGAGCGGAUUUUCCAUGGGAAGGGCGCUUGGAGGUAUACCACGCUGGAGUUUGGGGCACAGUGUGUGACGACAACUGGACUGAGCAACAUGCCCAGGUGGUGUGUCAGCAGCUUGGCUUCAGAGGGCAUGCUGAAAUAGCUCCAGAUGAUGCAUAUGGGGACGGCACAGGGCUUAUUCUGUUGGAUGAGGUGAGGUGUGAUGGGGGAGAGAGCUCCCUGCUGGAGUGCAGCCAUGCAGAGUGGGGACGCCACGACUGCUCCCACAGUGAAGAUGUGGCCAUACGCUGUGAGAGAGGAGGAAAUACCAAUGAUAUUACUGCAGUUCCUCCAGUUUCAGGUCCCCUGGUAAGGCUGGUGGAUGGAGAGACCCGUAAAGAGGGUCGUGUGGAAGUCUUCAUUAACGGCGAAUGGGGCAGCGUUUGUGAUGAUGGCUGGAAUGACAUCAGUGCUGCAGUAGUGUGUAGGCAGCUGGGCUUUGUUGGAGUAUCUAAAGCCCGCUCCAUGGCCUAUUUUGGUGAGGGCCAGGGUCCAAUCCACCUGGACAAUGUGAGGUGUGUGGGUACAGAGUCGUCUCUGGGUGAGUGUUUAGCCGACGGGUCAGACAAACAUAACUGCAGGCACAGUGAGGAUGCAGGGGUCAUCUGUGAUUACGUGUCCCAGCCAGUAGCUGACAGCACAACAGCAACCCAGUCAUGCGGCCUGAGGCCCAACACACAGCGCCGCAGGAGGAGGAUCAUUGGAGGAGACAAGUCACUUAGAGGGGACUGGCCAUGGCAGGUGUCUCUGUGGCUAAGGUCUCAGUCCAAAAGGAACCAUCCGCUGUGUGGAGCCACUCUCAUCAACUCCUGCUGGGUUGUCACUGCGGCUCAUUGCUUUAAGAGGUUUGGCUCUGAUCCCUCACGAUAUAUUUUGAGGCUGGGAGACUAUCACACAGAAGAAAGGGAUGACUUUGAGCGCACUCUCUCUCCUGAGCGCAUCGUCAUACACAAGAAGUACCUCAGCCAGGGCUGGGAGUACGACAUUGCCUUGGUGAGGCUGAAGGGCACAGAUGGGAACUGUGUAUCUUUCAACCCACACACUAACGCUGCCUGCCUUCCUGCUCAUGGUGACAGGAAGACAAAGAGACCUGCUGCGUGUGUCAUCACUGGCUGGGGAGUUACAGACUCUGAGUACUCACGUACUUUGCUGCAGGCCUGGCUUCCCUUGCUGCCAUCCUGGAAGUGCAAAAAACGUUAUGGCAGCCGCUUCACUGGCCGCAUGCUAUGUGCUGGCAGCCUGUCAAUCCAUCGUCGUGUGGAUAGUUGCCAGGGAGACAGUGGUGGCCCGCUGGUGUGCCAGGGUGAAGGCGGGCGCUGGACGCUAACUGGGGUCAUUUCCUGGGGUCAUGGCUGUGGGAACCCCAGCUAUCCUGGGGUAUACACUCGAGUCAGCAGGUUCCUAAAGUGGAUUGAGAAGGUCACCCUGGGUACUGCUUCACUCUGAGGAUAGAAUAUUACUAUGGCUCAUUUAUUUUAAUUUAGCGUGUUUAAAGUAUGAGAUGCCUGUCAGAGGAUUGAGACCAUGGUUGACUGGCUUCCUUAUUCAGUAGUUCACCUCAUGUCCUGUUUAUUCCUAUUUAUUUUGACUUGAAGAGCCAUGUGGACAGUGUGAUUGACAUUUUUGAUUGAGGUACAAGUAUAUUAAAUGUACUGAAUCCUCAAGUUUGAACUACACUAUAUGGCCAAAAGUAUGUGGAAAGUAUGCGUCAUACCCAUAUGUGAGUCUUCCACACACUGUUGCCACAAAGUUGGAAACACAUAAUUUUUUUGUAUGCUCUAGAAUUAGGAUUUCCCUUCCCUGGAACUAAGGGGCCUAGCCCACACUUGUUCCAGCAUGACAGUGCCCCUGUGCACAAAGCAAGCUCCAUAAAGACAUGAUUUGCCAAGGUUGGUAUGGAAGAACUGAGUGGCCUGCACAGAGCCCUGACCUCAACCCCACUGAACAUCUUUGGGAUGAACUGGAACUCCGACUGCGUGCCAGGCCUCCUCACCCGACAUCAGAGCCUUCCAUCAGUAAUGCUCUUGCGGUUGAAUGGCCACAAAUCUCCAAAGCAAUGUUCUAAAAUGUAGAGGAAAGCCUUCCCAGUAGAGUGGAGGCUGUUAUAGCAGCAAAGCAGGGACUAAGUCCAUUGGAAUGGGACGUUCAAGGACAGAUUGGGGUGUGACGGUCAGGUGUCCACAAACCUUUGGCCAUAUUGUGUAACUUUGUUGGACAGUAUGUAGAAUGUAUUUAGAACCAUAUUGCACUAAACUGCAUGCCAUUAUGGUGGGUAAUUUUUUCUAAAUAUUUUAAUUUGUCAGUAUUGUGGGUUAAAUAGCUCAAAUGAGUACUGUGUUUUUUUUUUUUUGUUUGUUUGUUUUGUUUUGUUUUUUUACAUCUCUAUCUACCACAUCUUCAGCAUAUGAUUAUUACCAUAGACAAGAAUUUCCACACAUUUCCCUGUACUGUGAAAAGUGUUGUAAACAUUGUCUGUGGUAAUUACACAUAUGCUACAGAUGUAGUAGAUAUAAAUUCACUUUUGAAAAUGUUGGAAUAUUCUGGAAUAUGCUGGGGAUAUUUGCAUUAAAUGCUUCAAUGAAUUGA